CACUUGUCCUCACGUCUUCUCACUUUGUACACACCCCCAGCAGGUGCUUUCACUUGAAGUUAACUGUGCAGUUGUGCUUUAGGCUGUGACUUUCAGUUUAGGUGUUAUUUCACCAAAGAGCGUAGGAGGGCCUAAAGGCUGCAGGGGGCUCUGUGACAAUUUUUUAGGGUGAAACAGUUUGAAGGGUGCCCACUGCCUGCUGCACCUCUGUCCUCAGGUGGUGCCCGGACGUCCAGUCGGAGUGAAGGUGACACAAGGCCACCCUUCAUCCUUCUACAGAGCCAGAGCUGCCCUGUAUCUGCGCUCAUCCAGUCAAGACUUUGUCUCUGGCCAUCAGAGCAUCUCUGCCUCGGUUCCAGUUAUGUCAAAUCCAGUGGGCAGUUUAUCAGAAGGAACAGAGUACAGAUCCCCGAUUGGGAUGACAGAGGACUCCCUGGCCAUCCUGGAGCAAAACAGAGUCUCUGGAGAGCCCUGGGACAUCGGGGAGACCAAACCAUGCAUGGAGGGCCAAGAACGUGGUGUCUAUCUGUCCUGUUUCGACAUGCUUCUCACUGAAGAUGCCACUUGGCUGGUGAAAGUUUCUGAGGCUUCUCCAGCUAUGGCUGUACCCAUGUACCGCAUGGAGCCCCAGGAGGAACCAGAGCAGUGCCCCGUCAUCGACAGCCAGGAACACGGCCUCUCUUCUGGGCUGGAGGGGCAGGAGGAGGAGCGGUCCCUGGAGCAGGUGCAGAGCAUGGUGGUGGGAGAAGUGCUAAAGGACAUUGAAACAGCCUGCAAACUGCUCAACAUCACCGCAGACCCCAUAGAGUGGAACACAGGAAAUGUCCAGAAGUGGCUGCUGUGGACUGAACAUCUGUACAGGCUGCCCCACGCAGGGAAGGCCUUCAUGGAUCAGACAGGGAAGGAUCUGUGUGCCAUGAGCGAAGAGGAGUUCCGCCAGCGCUCCCCGCAGUGCGGAGACACGCUGCACGCUCACCUGGACAUCUGGAAGUCAGCUGCCUGGAUGAAAGAGAGGUGUUCAGAUGGAGAUAUAAAAACUACAGCUGGGGAGGAUCUUUGGUCCGAGGCAGAUUCCUCUUGUUCCGGUCAGCCCAUCCAUCUGUGGCAGUUCCUCAGAGAGCUGCUGCUGAAACCUCACAGCUACGGACGCUGCAUCCGCUGGCUCAACAAGGAAAAAGGUAUUUUUAAAAUCGAAGACUCUGCUCACGUGGCGAGGCUGUGGGGACUCAGGAAGAACCGACCUGCCAUGAACUAUGACAAACUGAGCCGCUCCAUACGUCAGUACUACAAGAAGGGCAUCAUCCGCAAGCCUGACGUGUCCCAGAGACUGGUGUACCAGUUUGUUCACCCAGUGUGAGGAGGAGGAGGAGGAGACGGAAACCUACCAAACCCAGAGGACAAACUGUCUCACAAUGCACUUGAACACCACAUGAAAAGGUGACAGGAAACACAGAAAGACCUAACACACUUUCUCUGCCAACACUGAAGCAACUGAAUGAAGGUGUUCUGUGCAUGGGCUGGAGAGGAAGAGACAAAACAAUGUGGCUGUGGAGGCUUUUCCCUUAAUGAAACUAAAGCAGAUUAAAAAACAAAUCAAAAUAAACCUGCCUUGUCAUUUUCUGCAUGAUCUGCCUGUUUAUCUUUCCUUAAUGUGAUCUCAUUUGACUCCUCACAGCAAACAGUUAGAUCUGAUUGCUCUCAGGAAAACGCCCACAGCUACAUUUGCUUAGUCUUUUUGUUUCGCUCAUCUUGACCACUGACUGUCUCUGUUUGAAUUAGAGCCAGUUUUCCUGACACAGUUGGAAAUGGUGGUUGGGAUUGUUUUGCUUGUUUUGGGUUUGGUCCUGGCUGUUGUACUCACAAUCAGUCAGUCAUCUUCUACUGAAACCCAUCGACUAUCUUUGUAUAAUCUCAAAAGUACAGAGAAGGAAGCCUCAGAGCGAAACCUGUUUCUGAACGAACACGUGUCAUGUCAUUACUUUUCCAAGGUGUCACUUUAGGGAGUGAUCCAUUUCCUUAUGGUUUCCCUGCUGAAGAGCCCUGCUUUAUAUUUGAUUCUGUUCACUUUUGUUUGUACUGCCCUACAAGGCAUUUAAUGUUGUUUUUUUUAACUGGAAGCAUUCAAAAUAAAAUAAAUAGAUGUGAAAUUAAAAAUCAUAUCAAUAAUUACAAAGUAUAUGAUGUGAGCUUGUAAAAUAAUUCAACUUUGUUUGUAGAUCAAUGGUUGGACGGUUUACCAGUGUUGUUCAAACUGAAUAUUUCUUGAAAGAAAAUGAUAUGGAUUAUAUAUAUGUUUGAUUCAUUUAGCACCAUGUUCCAAAUGUAACUCAUACAAUAGCUUGGUUUUCUAUCAAUAACUACAACUCUAAUCAUUCUUGGUUGUGAGUUUUUGUUGUUGUUGUUGUGCUAAUUAGCGUUGUUUAAGUCAUUUAACUACAUCAUGAUUUCCCACUAAGAGUUUACUAUAAAGUUAUAUUAUUAAAUUAA